AUGUCUAAACGGUUGGCCUCGAAACAAGUGGCCAGGUGUCCUUUUAUUGUCUUCCUCAAGUUGCUCAUUGGUUGUGUGGCCGCACGGCCCGACCUCCGCGCGAUCACAAAAGGCAACAGGUUUGACGGAACCCUACUAUUGGUGAACCCGUCCGAAGAAACUUUGGAGGUGGGGCUAAGCAGAGAGCUUGAUGAGGAGGUGGGCGUGGCUGUGCCGGUGGGCAUGGACAAUCACAUCUCCUCCUGCCUUUCCACAUCCUGCCCUCGACUAAUCACACACUUCAAUAUCAAGAAGAUGACAGAAUCAGAGCUGAGAGACCUAGAGAAAGCUGCUAUUGCUACUGCCACAGAUCAUGGUUUAGAGGAAGAACCAGUGUUGGGUAUGGUCCGAGUACCACUCUACUUCCUGAGGAACGGAGGUGGUCUUCCCCAUUUCCUUUCACACUCGUUCAUCAGUAACUCCCGGGCCCAACUGCUCUCUGCCCUACAACACUGUGGGCUGCUGUCCCAGGGGGAGCUGGAGAAGGCUGUGAGACAGGCUGAGCAGAUGAGAUGCACACACAGCGCUGAUCCGCACUGA